AGCUGAGAAGGUGGAAGGAUGGCGCUGCCUAGCAAGACUCCUCUGCUUUUCUCGCGAAUAGUUAUUGCUACACGCAGACAUGGGUUUUAUCGACCGUUAUCCACAGUAACAAGCAACACCACGAAAACAAAGAUACAAGAUGGAUAUUAUGACCAAGAACACCAGGAACUUCAAAGGUCUUUGAUAAAACUGAUUGAAACUGAAAUCAACCCAUUUGUCGAUGAGUGGGAGGCAGCAGGACAGUGGCCAGGUCAUAGAAUCUUUAAGCUCCUUGGUCAGGCAGGCUUUCUUGGCAUCAACAAACCUACAGAAUAUGGUGGUUUAAACUUGAAUUAUAAAUACCAUGCUGCCUACCUAGAAGCCUUAGGUCACAUUCGAGCAGGGGGCGUUAGUUUAGGCAUUGGUGUGCAGACAGAUGUAGCUACACCUGCCCUAUCCAGGUUUGGAAGUGACUAUGUGAAGAGGGAAUUCCUAGCACCAGCAAUCUCUGGAGAUGUGGUCGCAUGUCUAGGAGUAAGUGAGCCAGGUGCUGGCUCAGAUGUUGCAGGGCUGCAGACGACAGCACGUCAGCAGGGGGAUGACCUGAUAAUCAAUGGACAAAAGCUGUGGAUUACAAAUGCUUGUCAGGCCGACUGGAUCUGCAUCUUAGCCAAUACUUCCAUAGGACCUCCUCACCGCAACAAGUCUUUGAUAUGUGUGCCUAUGAAAACUCCAGGUGUCAAUGUUGCAAGAAAGCUUGAUAAGUUGGGAAUGCGAAGUUCUGACACAGGUCACAUCUUCUUUGAUGAAGUACGAGUCCCAGCAAAAAACAUUGUCGGAGAAGAAGGAAUGGGAUUCGUAUAUCAGAUGAAACAGUUUCAAGAGGAGCGCCUUGCUAUGGCCAUAGGGACUCUGGUUCCACUGAAAACAAUUAUGGAGGAAACCAUUAACUACACAAGGGAGAGGAAAGCUUUUGGGCAGCCUCUGCUUAACAAUCAGUACAUUCACUUUCGCUUAGCAGAGCUAGAAACAGAACUUGAGUGCUUAAGGUCACUGAUCUAUAGAGCAGCUGAUCUUCUUGUGGCUGGCCAGGAUGUUACAAUGUUGGCAUCAAUGUGCAAAUUGAAAUCUGGUCGUCUUGCUCGUGUCUUCACAGAUUCUUUACUGCAGUUUUGGGGUGGCAUGGGUUUUACCAAUGAGGUGUUGGUAAGCCGUCUGUAUCGAGACUUGCGGCUCUUCUCCAUUGGUGGAGGAGCAGAUGAGGUAAUGUUAAGUGUCAUCUGCAAGUACAUGAACACACUGCCUCAUGUACCUGUGAAGAAGGUGAAGUAAGUUCCUGUAGUGAAUGAUAACAGAUAUACCAGAAAUAGCAACUGAACAGCAAGGAAAGGAAUUAGAAAUUAUAGACAAAAUAAAGAUGUUGAUGAGAGUGCAGUCUAGAAAUUACGAAUAAUGUUGAAGAUGAAGGUAAUGGUAUAGAAAAUACAAACUGAAUAUAAUGCUUAUUAUUUGGCAUGUUUUUGAUCUAUCUCUUUUUUUUAUAAAUCUGUUUAAUUGUUUUAACACAUCAACAUCAGUCUUUAAUUAGUUGCAGCUUUAUGCUCUAUCAGAUUUUGACAUUUUAUACUUUUCCAUUUCUAGAGAUUAUUAGUACCUAAAGAUUUAUUUUCUUUCUUAUAUAUUGUUCUUUGAAGACUAUAAUUGCAUAAGUUUACACAUGUCCUUUGUACCUUGUUAAUUCUCUUUUUUUUGUAACCUCUUUUUCUUUCUCAUUUUUUUUUCUUUGGUCAACAGUAAACAUUUAGAACAAGAACAUUUUUAGAAUGUACUUAAGGUAGGAAAACACUGAUUUACAAUUCCAUAAUGAAAGUAGCCAGACCCUGAAGAUGGCUCUCUGCUCACAAUAAGAAACAAGUCAAUGUGACUCACCAAUAGAUCAUAUAGAAAAGAAAAUGGUGGCUGCUGCACUAAAAGAAAAAAAAUGUCUAAGCCCACACACAGUUGCUGAAGACUUUUACUAAGAUUUUAUGAAGGUUGAUAGUUAACCAAAGUUUUGUGGUGAGAUUGCCUGCAACAGAAAUAUUUGUUAUCAUACUAUUAUUAACAGAAUUUGUACAAGUGUUGAUUGCUCAUAUUGAUGGUUCAAAUUAAAUGUGGAAGUAUUUUUGUACACAUAUUUUGUAAAGGCUUGUUUAAUUUGAAUUUCCACAAGUGCUGUAAGGGUAAAAUGAAUAAAUAAAUAAAAAUAUAUGAUUUGAUAAUUACAAAA